AUGGCACGCUCGGCUGAAGACACUCCUGUCUCUUCCUGCCACCCCACAGUCUCCGAGAGCUCUGUCUCCCGCUCGCGUCGUCUCUCCGAAAGCGCUUUGUCAUCCUCUCCUGCGUGCCCCUGUCUCUCGCGAGCUCUGGUGCGCUCCUUCGACGCGCUGCAAGCGCAACCGGGGCCGUCGCGCCCGCACCUCGAAGAAGUUGUCGACGAGAUUUUCCAGUUGCAUGCGCCGCCUCUCAUCUCGCUGCAUGCGCUGGCUGCGCCGCCGCGGCUCUGUAGCACACUCCUGCAGCUGCUGCAAAAGCACCACCCUCUUCAGUUCGCAGAGACAACUCCCCAGGGCGGCCAGCGAGAAGGAAGCGAAGAGACCCAAGCGGGCGACGUGUCGGCGGCGAGCGAGACCGAAACAGAGGAGAGAGAUGCAGCGACCGAGGCAGGACUCAAGGGCGGAGACGAAACGGAAGAUGUGUGCGUCUUCGUCCCCUGGUGGAAAAGAAAAGGACGACGGAUCGCUCUCCAUUUCCUGAAGAGGUGCAAAAAGACAGAGAAAAACGGCCCUGUUCUUCUGCUUCUCGGCACAGCCCCAGAGAAUCUGCAUGUAGAGGUCCUCGAGUGUCUUCGCACCUGUUCUCCGCCUGCGCUUCCGCCUGCGUGCGCAGUGCCCGUUUCUGCGUGCCACUGCUCGUCUCCCUUACAAAACGCAACGUCGUCGCCUCCCCAGGGCCUGUCUGCCAAUGCUGGUUCCUCUUCUUUCUCUUCCUGCUCGCCUCCUCAGGAGGCCGAAGCUCCAGCGCCUGCUUCCGCUGCGUCUUUCUUCGUGCAUGUCGCCGUGCCUUCCGUCCCGCCCGUGACAACUGAGCAGCAGAGACUGUGGGGCGAGGUCUGGCCGUGCUACUUGAACAAAACGAAGCCUAGCGGCCCAAAGGGAGACGCUGGCGGAGGAAAGGGCGAAGGCGAGGGGACCGUGGAGGCUGGAGAGGGCGAAGGCGAGAAAGAAGUCAGCGCGAGUGCCAGCAUUCGCCAGGAACUGUUGACCCCCCUGGAGCUUUCUGAAGAGGAGAAAGCCACGCACCUGUUUUUCCUCAAUGCGGCCGUGGAAAGUGAGUGCAAUUCGGAAGAAAAACCUCUGAAUUGGAAAGGAAAACCGUGCAGGCAAGAGGGCCGUAGCACAUGCAUCAUUACCUACACCCCUGAGGCUGACGAGACACCCACCAGGAAAAGUCCGCUUCCACCCUCGAGGAAGCGGCAGCGUGCGCGUACCGAGAGUGAAACCGACACUGACACAGAUAGAGAUGCGUGCUGCGCACCUGGACACGCGACAGUGGAGAGAAACGGUGGAGAAAACACCGGAACUUUAACUGUUUCCUCCGCAAAAGCAUGGGGCCGGAGCUGUCGGGCCUCUGUCUCCGCUGUAGCUACACCGUGUCGAGUUCCCACCUCAGGCCAUAGAAGCGUCACAAAUGGGUGCGAGGCGCAUUUUGGUACCGGCCGAUUAGGCUUGUCUUCAGAUAGAGAUUCCUGCCAGGUUGAACGAGCUGUGGCAGAUGCAUUUAAAACCUGCAUGCGUAGUCGCGUCGGCGAGUCCGAUCAGAAUGUGCCUGAGUGGAAAACAUGCAAGGCUCCCAACGUUGUAGCCGCGUGCGUCGAUGACAGUGGACCGCGAGCGCCCCUGCUGCACGCAACUAUGCGAGCAAUAGGCUGUGUGGGAGAGAAACUUCGACGAAUUUUCGAAGAACCCGACACAGAGGCUGCUAGUCAUAGAGAAUCCGAAAUAGUACGAGAGCCGGAAGGAGGCUCAGGGGCACCGGAGGGAACGGAAACAACGCGAUGGAUCAAGGAAGUGAGCGACGGGAACUACUACUGUCAAGGAUGUGUAGUGUACUGCUCACAUGAACCGUGCGUUCUGUGUGCCAUGGCACUUAUUCACUCUCGCAUCAAGUUGCUCGUUUUUGCUCACGACAACAAAGUUCACGGCGGCAUCACGCGGGGACGCCUUCAUCUAGAUCGCCGGCUCAACCACGGCUACCGUGUUCUCUGUCUGAGAGCGAAUGACGGCGCCUCAUGUGACCAGAAAGAAAAUUGA